AUGGUCAAGUCAAAGGAGUUUCUCAAGAAGCCCAAGCUUCCUAAACAACAGAAAAAAUCAAAGGUCUUGGUAACUGCAUAUGACUUCCAAGAAGCUGCCGACGCCGAAGAAGAAACUGGAGGCAAAUGGAGAGCUGGCGAUCCUGCUAAAUCGAGUCGUGCCUUUGUCCGAGCUAUCGAAAUCUACAACAAUGGCUUGCAAAAACAUCCCAAGGAUGCUGAUCUAGCUUACAACAAAGCUCGUCUCGAGUUCGAACUAUCACAACAACCAACUCUGAUAGCCAAGCUCACGGUUCCACUACUCGAUUUCUUGCAGCAGGCUCUGACUUCUCAUCGUUAUGCUCUCCAACUCAAUGCCGACUCGGCCGACGUUCUGUUCAACACUGCUCAAGUCAUGAUUACGAUUGCCGAGCACGUAACAGAAGUAGGCAUCUUCAGUGCACAAGCUGAUUCGAUAGCUCUUCUUCGUGAAGCACUAGAACUGCUAUCGGCAUGUUUCACUCGUCAGGAGAAGAUCAUCGAGGAGCAGAAUGCGAAUUCGAUGGAGGCAGAAGGUGGUGUCUCGGUCGAGCAGCAAGCUCCACCAGCUGAGCCUGUAGCUUCAUCCUCUCGAGCGGCAGAAGAUGCAGAUUCAGAGGGCGACGAGGAAGGCGAAUAUGUUUCUGUGCAAGCAUACAUUACACCUUCCGAUCUACUGGACACGGCACGCUCUAGUUUGGUUGCCUUGACCCUUCUCAUCGCACUCGAUGAUCUUUCGAAUGUGUCUCCGCUAGCAAAAAUGGGCAUCAGUCUGGUUGAAGAGAAGAUUCCCCAGUACCUCUCCCAGAUCGAGGCUGAAGAACGCUCUCAAGAAGAACCCGAAGCCGCUCUCGAACGUGCCCAAUUCCACGCAGCCCUCGCAGUAGCAGACCUCAAACUUGGCACUGCAACCGCAGACGACAGCCUCGUCCGCCUACAGCAGGCCUUUGAACCCCUCGACAGAGCCACGAACGUAGCAGUCAUGUGCACCUACGCCGAUGGCCUCGUCGAACUAAUAACCACGGCGCAAAAUUUCAGUCCCUCGAGUGCAGCCACAACAUGCUGGUCCACUCUCUCCAAAGCACAAGACCUCUACGCCGCUGCAGUAAAGAUCAAUGAUGCUGAAGCUAAAGCACGCAAGGCACGUGUUUAUGAAUCGCGCGGCGAUGUCGAGUUGUUGCGCUUCAACCUUGCUACCACACCUGCUGCUGGCCUUCCAAAUGCGAUCCAGAAGAGUGCACCUACACUGAUAAAGAACGCACAAACAUAUUACCGCGGUGCCAUGAACCUCUUCCGUGCCGAGGGUGAUGCCGAGGCAGCUGCCAAGGUCGAAGUUAGAGGUUUGAUCGCUGCCAUGCUCGAAGGUAAACUUGGAGGAAACGUUGAGCAGCAAGUUAUCGCUGCAUUGGGCCAGAAAGGAGAUGCUGGUAGAGCAGUGGCCAUGGAUAUGUUGAGGGAAAGCUUGUUGCCCGAGGACUGGGACCAAGGUGUCAUGUAA